UUAUUAAUUACGUUUUUAAUUUCAAAAAUGCAUUUAUAUUAAAAGGUAUCAUUUAUUUUUGAAAAAAGCACAAGUGAUUUAAAAAUGUAUAAAUACAUUACUUUGUUUACUACUGUGCAAAUGGUGAAAAUAUAAAAAAUAGUUUAGAAUAUUAAGUGAAUAAUAAAAAAUAUAAUGUGAAAAGAAAAAUUAAACUUAAUAAAUAUUAAACAGUGUUAUAGACUAUAUUACAAAUGUUGUCAAUAAGUUUUUAUAAUUCUUUUCGUAGUAGAAAAAUUUCAUUUUUGAAACACGCUAAGAUUCUUUUUAGAUAUUCUUAUGGAACACAGCAAAAUGUCCAGACAAAACAAUUUAAAGAUACAAUUUUAUUGCCACAAACAAAAUUUCCACUUAAAUUCAGUGACGAGAAAAGAAUUGAAAUGGAUGAAUAUUUAGCAGAAAAAUGUGGUUUUUUUGAAUUGUACAACUGGCAACGAGCAAAUUUAACAGGUCCAGAUUUUGUUCUACAUGAUGGACCACCUUAUGCCAAUGGAAAUCCACAUAUGGGUCAUGCAAUAAAUAAAAUUUUGAAAGAUAUUACACUUCGAAGUAAAAUAAUAAAAGGACAAAGAGUACAUUACGUUCCAGGAUGGGAUUGUCAUGGUUUGCCAAUUGAAUUAAAAGCUUUAACUGAAUUAAAAACCAAGGAAAAAGAUUUGACACCUCUUCAAAUUCGUCAUCAUGCAAAAAAAUAUGCCAAGGAAGCAAUAAAAAAACAAAAGGAUGCUUUUGCCUCAUGGGGUGUUGUUGCCGAUUGGAAAAAAUCUGGUUGUUAUUUUACCAAUAGUACUUCAUUUCUAACAAAUGAAUUACGACAAUUUAUAAAUUUAUAUGAGAAAAAAUUGAUUUAUCGUGAUUUUAAACCCGUUCAUUGGUCACCAUCUUCAAGAACAGCAUUAGCUGAAUCAGAAUUGGAAUAUAAUGAUAAACAUGAAAGUAAAUGUGCAACUGUACGUUUAAAAAUUGUUGAAUUACCACCAUCAUUAUCUGAAUUUAAAGAAAAAAAUAUUUACGCUCUCACAUGGACAACAACACCAUGGACACUUGUGGCAAACCAGGCUCUUGCAUUUUCAUCUGAUGCUAUUUAUUGUAUUGCUAAAAAAUCUGACGGUGAUUUAUAUCUUAUUGCACAAGAUUUAUUGUGUCAUGUUACGGAAAAAAUUGGCUAUUUAAAUCCUCUAAAAACAAUAAAAGGAAGUGAACUGAAUGGUGCAAAAUAUUUGCAACCAAUUAGCGGUAUUUCAUUACCAUUUUUAGCAGCGAGUCAUGUAAAUACUCUUGUUGGAACUGGAUUAGUUCACACAGCGCCAGCUCAUGGUUCUGAAGAUUUUUGUGUUGCUUUGGAACAUAAAAUUCCAGUAUUAUCAGUAGUAAAUGAAGAAGGAUGUUAUACAGAUGAGGCUGGUUCUCAAUUUACUGGAAAAGAAGUGUUGAAAGAUGGCACAAAUAUUGUUUUAGAUCAUUUAAGCAAAGAUGUAUUGCAUACGGAAAUUUUGGUACACAGUUAUCCUUACGAUUGGAGAACGAAAAAACCCAUUAUUACACGAGCGAGUCAUCAAUGGUUCAUAGAUACAGAUGCUCUAAAGGAAAAAGCAGCUGAAAGUAUACAGAAUUUACAAAUAUAUCCAGAAUCGAGAAGGCAAACUUCUAUAAAUGUUUUAUUGAAACAAAUUAAACAGCGACCUUAUUGGUGUAUAUCUCGUCAAAGAGUAUGGGGAACUCCUAUUCCUGUGGUCUAUCUUAAUAAUUCUAAAAAUGUAUUUACAAGCAGAGAAUUUGUUGAGAGAUUAUGUCGCUUGAUAGAAAAAAAUGGUAAUGAUUGUUGGUGGGAAUUGCCUGUUGAGAAAAUUGUUGGUAAAAAAUUAAUGGAAGAAUUAAAUGUCACAAAUAUCGAGAGAGGAAAUGACAUUUUGGAUAUUUGGUUCGACAGUGGAAUUUCUUGGUCAUCGGUAUUACCUGAGGGUAAAGCGGAUCUUUAUAUAGAAGGAAUGGAUCAAUUUACAGGAUGGUUUCAAACAUCAUUAUUAACUUCCAUUGCUCUUCAAAAUUCUGCACCCUACAAAGGUUUAUAUGUUCAUGGAUUCGCAGUGGAUGAAAAUAAUAAUAAAAUGUCAAAAUCAAUAGGAAAUGUAAUAAGUCCAGAAGAAAUUGUAAAAGGUAACAAAAAUGAAAAGCAGAAACCAGCUUAUGGCAUCGACGUUCUCAGAUGGUGGGUCUCCAGUCAUGGAAGUCAGCAUAGUUUAAUACCACUUAAAGAAAGUGUUCUUCGUGAUAGUUCCGAUAAUGUCAAUAAAUUACGAAAUGUUUUUCGUUUUCUUUUGGGAGCAAUUCAUCCCUAUUCCGUUAAAAAUACCGUUGAACCGCAAUAUUUAUUUAUUGACAAAUAUAUGCUCCAUCGUCUUUAUCAUUACAAUAAAGAGAUUCAAAACUUAUAUUCAAUUUAUGAAUAUCAUAAUGUUGCAAGGCAUAUAAUUAAUUUUAUUACAAAUGAUGUUUCUUCAAUUUAUUGUCAUUUGGUGAAAGAUCGUCUUUAUUGUGAAAAUGUAAAUUCUCCCUAUCGAGCCGGAGCUGUUGAUGUAAUUGGCGCAAUUUUGGCUGUUGUUGUGAGAUCAAUUGCACCAAUUGUACCACAUCUUGCCGAAGAAGUAUGGUUAUAUCAUCCUGAGAAUUUAGCUUCCGUACCAUUGUUUCAUUCUGGUUAUAAACAGACGAAUAAUUGGAAUCAACCAGAAAUUGAAGAAAUAAUAAAAGUUGCAUUAUUAAUAAAAGAAAAAGUGAAUAAAUUUGCUGAUAAAAAUACUUGGGAAUUAAAAGCAACAAUUCGAGUUGAAAUGAAUCAAUUUUCUCUUCUAUUGAAUCUACAGAAAGAAGAGAUAUCGUCGACUUCCGAACUUUGUGAAAUACUUCGUCUUUCGUCCAUUAAAUUAAUUGAAGAUGAAUCUUGUACAGAUCCACAAAUUAAAUUCGAAAGAACAAAUCAAAAAUUGUGUAAACGUUGUAGACGACAUCCUGAGUCGAAAAAUGGAGGAAUUUGUUAUCGGUGUAGCGAAGUUAUGAGUGAGUUUAUAUAAAAUUUCUUAGAUUAUUUUUUUGGUUUAUCAAGACAAUGUUUUUGUAAAAAAAUAAUACAAAUUGACGUACAAUCGCUAAUUAUUAUUAAAAUUAUCAUUCAAAGACUUUUAAAAUUCAUUGAUUGUUAUUGGUACUGUAAAUUUAUUUUUUUAAUUAAUCUAAUACACGAAAAAAUCUUUAAAUGUUUCAUAUAAUUCAUCAAAAAAAAAAAAAAAUGUACGUAACAAUAGUGUUAAGAUUAUUGUUUUUAUACAAACAUAUCUAGAUUGUUAAAUAUGUGUAAUAAAGCUAUUAAAAUAAAAUUAUUCAUUGCA